CUAACGAUCUUUGUCCUGUGCGCGCGCACGAUGCGCAUUCGUAUCUAGGAGGGUCACUCAGGCUAUGCAAUCAGCAUUCAUGAGAUUAUUGUCUCUUUAAAGCAAAUUUGGGAUUCUAACGGAGACACACUGACUUCGUGGGAGUCCAAAUGACGUGGGAGUGGAGUUACAUAUUUUCCCAUCCGUUAUGGAUGCUUUCAACGGCGAUAUUGGCCAUGAUUGUGCGCGCGCAACGGAAAGGUUCGUGGGACCCGCGCGCUUGUCCAGUGGAGCUAAAGGGCAAAACUGCGAUUGUAACUGGAGCCAACACAGGGAUUGGGAAGUUCAUUGCCCUGGACUUUGCCCGCCGUGGGGCUCGGGUGAUUCUGGCGUGCCGAAGCAAGGCUCGUGGGACUGCAGCACUGCAUGAAAUCAGAGAACGCAGUGGGAACCAGAAUGUACAUCUGCGUCUGCUUGACACCUCGUCACUUGCAUCAGUCCGCCAGUUUGCUGCUCAGAUCUUGGAGGAAGAGAAGGAAUUACACAUCCUUGUCAAUAAUGCUGGGGCCUCAGGUCUUCCCAGAGAGAUCACCGGUGAAGGGUUUGAAAUCACAUUUGCAACAAACCAUCUUGGGCCAUUCCUCCUUACCAAUUUGCUUUUAGACCUGUUGAAGAAAUCCUCCCCAGCUCGCAUUGUAAAUGUCUCCUCUGCAAAUCACUGGCAAGGGCAGGUAGACUUUUCUCAUUUCCGUGGGGAAAAUCUAACCCUUACGCACACUGUGUAUAGCCACACCAAGCUGCACAACAUCAUCUGGACCAACGAAUUGGCACGCCGGCUUCAGGGCACAGGAGUGACAGCAAACUCUCUGCAUCCGGGUGUAGCAAUGACUGAAGUAAUGCGAAACUAUAACUUCACUCUCCGAUUCCUGUUCAACUUGGUUGGCUUUUUCUUCUUCAAAAGCUCUGAAGAGGCAGCAGUCAACACAAUAUACUGUGCAGUGUCAGAGGAAAUGGAAGGAAUAACUGGGAAAUACUUUGAUAGUGAUUGUUCUCUGGUUCUGCCAUCACCUCCAGCCAGAGAUCCUGCUCUUGGGGUGAAGGAAUUUGAGAUCUGUGAGAGACUGACAGCUAAACUUUAAAGAAAUUGUUCACCCAAAAAUGAAAAUUCUGUAAUCAUUUACUCACCCAAAGCCUUAUGACUUUCUUCUCUGGAACACAAUAUGAGAAAUUUUGCAGAAUGUCCAAACUGUUCUUUUCCAUACAGUGAUAAUUUUAUAUAUAUAUAUAUAUAUAUAUGAUACAGCAGAAUACAAAUAUGAUAUUGUAAAAAAUAAAUAAAUAAAAAUGCAGUUGUAAAUAAUGAAAUUCUGACCACCAAUUGUCACACAGUAAUUUAGAACAGUUACAACAGUUGCAUUUGUUUGGAACAUUUUGAUUCUGAUUUAUGUAAAAAUGUUUGGUACAUUUUGACAUUUGAUGAGUGGCAGGAAUGCCUUUUUUUGUGGCUUUGUGAAAUAUUAUACUGUACACUUUCAUUAAUGAACACCAAAGUAUAGAUUUGAGACUUUUUUAAAUAAGGCGUUACAUACUAUGACAACAUGUAGGUAAAGUUCAACUCAUGUUUAGCAUAUAAUAAUGAUACAGAUUAAAUACUUUCCACUACACUGAAAAAAAAAAAAAGUGGUAACCUCAGUCUAUUUUUCUUGAUCUAACCCAUUAAAAUUGCAUUGCUUGAUUGCUUAAAUUUUCAGGUAAAAAUGUUUAGGUAAAAUAUUUUCCAUGAGCACUUGACCAUACACUCAUAAUAAUAAAAUGAUAAUAAUAAUAAAACAUUUAUAUUAUUCUUUUUGCACUCUAAUCUCUGUCUUAGAUAGUAUUUUUUUUAUGCAAUUGAAACUUUGUAAUGCAGUACUGUUUGUACUACUGUCUCCUAUUUUUUAUGUUAUUUUCAUGAUUUCUACAAGCAAUAAAAUGGAAAAGAAAAGCAAUAUUUUAGAAAAACAUGAUGUGGGUCCUAAUGUGUUGGGUCCAUCAAUGAAUUAAUUUUCGAGGUAUCUUUAUAUGCUUGCCCUUUUUAGGGUUAAACAGAUUAAAUAACAGCAUUGAUUUGAAUAAAACCAGUUAAUAUAGAUGUUACCACAUUAUGCAAUAUUUUAGGUUACCAGACAAAACAUUUUUUACAGUGUACAGACACAUCUAAAUGUUUCAACAAAUGUUCUCUAUCUGCUGUAGUAGUUUUCGCAAAAUAAUAGUCUAAAGCCUCCUUAAUUGAUCAGUUAAUUGAAAAUAUGUUCAAAUCUCAGCUUGUAUUCUAUACUUUUUCAUCCAGAAUGCUGACUUAGUCACACUGAAAAAAAAAUGUUAACCUAAAAAUUGUCCUCAUUGAGUAACAUCUAAAUUAAGUAGUUUCUAGUCAGGGGUGGGUUUACGAUUUCUGAGUCCCCAAGCAACCAACCAAGCUGGGGCCUCAUUUUGAAAAUGUUUGCUUAAAAAAAUUACAUAAAAUGUAUUUUAAAUCAUAAUUUUAAAUUCAUCCUAUCAACCAUUGUAGCCAAGUACAUUCAAAAUGUUUAAUGAAAUCAAAAUCUUGUUAAAGAUAAUUAAUGCAUGUUUUCCAGUUUUUCCACAACACAGUAAUAAAAAACCAAUAUUUACCUACA